AUGCCUCUUCGCGGCAAGAAAGAGAAUUCUGCUACCCUUGCAGAUCCGGUCAUGCUGGAAAAGAUCGACAAGCUUUUUGCCUGCAAUGUUGGCAAUUACAUUGAUCUUCCCCAAAUUGUGGUUGUUGGGGAUCAGUCCAGUGGAAAGAGCUCGGGGUUGGAAGGCUUGACGGACUUGCCGUUUCCUCGAGACAGUACAUUGUGUACUCGGUUUGCCACUCAGAUCAUCUUCCGACGAUCAUCAACAAGCAAAAUCAGCGCCUGGAUUAUUCCUGCCAAGUCAGCCACAACAGAACAUAUAGAGCAGGUACGAACAUGGAGCAAAGAGAUCGAAACCUUGGACCAAAAGACCUUCACAGAGAUUAUGCACGAGGUUCAUAAAAUCAUGGAAAUUUCCAAUUCGGAUGACCCAGGUCGUUCGAAUACUUUCUCGGAGGACGUCCUGUGUCUAGAGGUAUCUGGACCCGAGCAGCAGCACUUCAGUGUGAUCGACGUUCCGGGAAUCUUCAAGAGAACGACGCAGGGGGUUACCAACAAAGCAGAUAUGCAAAUGGUCAAGUCUAUGGUGCAGGGCUACAUGGAGAAUCCGCGAUCUGUCAUUCUUGCCAUCAUUCCUGCCAACGUUGACAUCGCUACACAAGAGAUUUUGGAGAUGGCAGAAGAAGUUGACCCGGAGGGACAGAGAACGCUUGGUGUCUUGACCAAGCCUGAUCUUGUGGACAAGGGCACUGAGUCUGGUGUGGGCGACCUUAUCGAAGGUCGAAAACACCAGCUGAAUCUAGGAUGGCACUUGGUGCGAAACCCGGGGCAGCUUGAGCUGUCUGACCCGACUUCUGACCGACAUGCACUUGAGAAGGGCUUUUUCGAAACAGUAACGCCGUUCAACAGGCUGGCAAAGGAUAGGGUUGGCAUCCCAGCCCUAAAGCUACGUCUACAGGAGGUCCUCGCUACUCACACCCGACGUGAGUUUCCGAAAGUCAAAGCAGAGCUUAACAAGAAGCUCAAAGACUGUAGAGCCUCACUUUUAAGCCUUGGUGCAAGUCGAGACACGACAUCUGAUCAGAGGGAGUACUUGAUGGAUAUUGUGACUCGCUUCCAGAAAGUUACCUCACUUGCACUAGGUGCCAGAUACUGGGCAGAUCAGAUCUUCAAUGGACAUCCGAAGCUCUGUCUAGCAACACGCAUCGUGGGUUGCAAUGAGACUUUUUCUAAGGCAGUCGAGAUGCUAGGGCAUACGUACGAGUUCGAGGUUAGCAGCACAAUUGGUGGCUUGGAUGUAUCUGAAUCGGAAAUUGAGGGACGCGAUACUUUUCGCACGAGAGCCAUUGAACCACACAACGAUAUCGAAGACAUCUUAUGCGAGGAGGAUGAGCUCUCUGUACCUUUGAAACAUGGGAUCCACGACUGGCUCACAAGUGUCUACAAUGAGUCGCGUGGGUUUGAACUCGGGACAUUUGAUCCGUCGCUUCUUGCCAUCACUUUGACGAAGCAAUCGAUGAAAUGGGACAGUAUUGCCUUGGGCUAUGUCAGUGAUGCCGCGACCAUCGUACACAACUUUAUCACCGAUCUGCUUCAACUUGUCUGUCCUGACGAUCGCGUUCGAAACGGGUUGAUGUGUCUAUUGAUUGAUGAGCUACUCGAGCGGUACAAGAGAGCAGUCGACCAGGUAAAGUUUGUCUUGGAAGUCGAGAAAUCAAAGCCAGCAACGCAGAAUCACUAUUUCAAUGACACUCUCGAGAAAUGUCGACAGAAGCGGAUGCAGGAAGCAAUGUCCAAGAAAUCUUUUGACGACUGCACACACGGUUCUGUAGUCCGACUCGACGACAUCAUGGUUCAUCAUCCAAUGAGCAACGUUGAGCAUACGGUACAAGAUCUUCACGACAUUCUACGUUCCUACUACCAAGUUGCUUGGAAGCGGGUAGUGGAUGUGAUCUGUAUGCAAGCAACAGAAUACCAUCUCAUGUCCGGACCAGCAACCCCAUUGAGACUCCUCUCACCAUCCUUUCUUGGCAAGAUGACAUCGGAGCAGAUGGAGGAGAUUGCAGGAGAGGAUGCCAGGCAAAAGCGCCAGCGAAAGCAGCUCCAGAAGGAGAUUGAAGAACUUGAGAAGGGUAAAAAAAUAUUGAUGUGA